AUGGAAGAGGCCCCCGCCCCCAUUGUUGGAGGCGACGAGGGCAAGAGCUUCUUCUGCAGCUUGUGUGGGGACGUCGGCUUCCGGGAAGCGCUUCUACCCUGCCGGGCGCGCGGCUGCUCCCGUCUCCAGCACACGUACGUGGCAAUCCUCCCCCCAAUUCUGCAAUCAAAACCCCAACUCCUUCCCUCAUCUGCAGUUGGAUGCCAGGUACUGCGGCAGGUAUUGCCCGGAGAUGAUGGACGACGCUGGAAGGUGGCGUUGCGAGUGGUGCGCCUGGAAGGUCUCCAGUGACCGACUGGGGGAGGAUGAGGAAUCGGGUCGGAAGAGGGCACGCAGGGUCCUUCCGUUCUCGUCCUCACCAGAGAUGAUCAAGCAGGCAUCGCCGGAGAGACCGAUUGAUAAGGACAGGAGCAGAGAAUCAAGCGUGACCGCGGGAAGGGAACAUCCACCCCCAGCCUGCACCUCUGGUCCGGGCAAUACCAGUAUCAUCAAUGCAUCCGUGGAGAUAACAAAUGUGACGCACAAGCACGUCGGCGCAAAUGACAGAGGCAGCAGCAGCAGGGCAUUAGAUCGGUGGAGGAACCUUGCGAAGAGAACGAGGCUAGGUGGAAAGAAGUACAAGCUCCUGGCGGACGUCCUCUGUUUCCCUGGGAGGGAGAGAACGUCCACCACACCAACAGCCUGA